GCUCUCAGCAGCAUCACCGACCUUCGCACCCCCCUUCUCUUCUCUCAGCGUGUCCUCUGUCCAGGGCUCCCAACCGGGAGGCUAGACUGGGGCCUUCUCCGCCUUGGUGCUUCAUUAUCUCCACCCACUGCAUGUGGCUCUUAGAGAAAGCCGGCUAUAGGGUGAGGACAGCAGAGACCGGGUCAAGGCAGGCGCACUCCAGCCUGAUCCCCAAGCGCCGGGCCGCAGGUUCGCCCUCGCGCUGCAACCCCAACGUCCUCACCCCCGACCGCAUCCCGCAGUUCUUCAUUCCGCCUCGGCUCCGGGACCCCGGCGGCGGCGAAGCCAGGGUGGACCGCAACCCGAGCGGCCGGAACCUCCCGGUGGUCUGCUCGCUGCCGCACCUGGCGGGCCGCGAGGGCUGGACCUUCCUGCCCGAGAGCCCGCACACGCGCCGCCGCGAGUCCCUGUUCCAUGUGCCGCGCAACCUGGCUGCAGGCCUGGCCCCGGCGCAGUCGCGGCUGCACGGCUCGGCCCCGGACCUCCGCCUCUGCCGGGCUCCGGACAGCGACACGGCCUCGUCGCCCGACUCGUCUCCCUGCGGCUCCCCGUGCGCGCCUAGGCCGCACUCCCUGUCCCCCGACGAGGCGAGCUCGGCCGACACCAGUCCGUUCGCGCCGCGCCGCGCGCCGCCGCUCUUCCACCUGGACUUCCUCUGCUGCCAGCUGCGGCCGACCAAGGACAGCGUCCUGUGCCUGGGACCCCGCGGCGGGCAGCUGCGCCUGUCCACCGAGUACCAGGCGGGGCCGGGGAGGCUGCGGCUGCGCCUGGUGAGCGCCGAGGGGCUGCCUCGGCCGCGGGCCCGGCCCGGGAGCGGCGGCGGGGGCUGCUGCGUGGUGUUGCGACUGCAGCCGCGCGUUAGGCCGCGAGCUCAGAGGAGCCGCGUGGUCCAGGGCAGCUCCAACCCCAUCUUCAAUGAAGACUUCUUCUUCGAAGGGCUGGGCCCGCCAGAUCUGGCCUCCCGCAGUCUGAGGGCCAAGGUGCUGGAUAGGGGUGCGGGGUUGCGCAGGGACGUGCUGCUGGGGGAGUGUGAGACACCCCUCAUCGCCCUGCUGCCCCCCCUGGCUGGGGGUCUAGGCCCAGGGUCCUCCCUGGCACCUGGGCAUCUCAGCCUGUAGACGGACACCACAGCUUCCUCGGGAGGUCUCCGCUGUGUCUGCAGCCCUUAUUCUUGCUGCCAUCUGCCCAACGUGGAUUUAUUUUUGUAAUAAAGCAUCAGUUUGUCUCUAGCUGCAUGCUCCCCAGUGGGCACCAAAAACUCUAGGCUUUGCAGCAAAUCUUUUCCUUCCUUUUGGCCCAGU